GGCGGCCAGGGCCUGAUCCGCCAGGUCAUCAAGGGCGACGGCAUGGCGUUCAUGGGCGCGAUGGGCGUCAUCACGACGAAGACGCUGGCCGCGGGCGAGACGCUGCAGGUGGACACGACGUCCGUCGUCGCGUGGGAGGACUCCGUGAAGUUCGCCGUGCGGCGCACGGGGUCCUUCUUCACGUGCUGCUGUGCGGGCGAGGGCACGUUCCAGCGCAUGUUCAACACGACGCUCGAGGGGCCGGGGCUCGUCUUCCUCCAGUCCUACUCCCACGGCAAGUUUAAGCAGUUCGCCGAGAUCUGGGCGCUCCAGAACGGCGGC